AUACUUGUACUAAAUUUAGUCUUGUAAGUUUGCUUUCAGUUUAAUCGCAGAAGACUUAGCGCUCGCAGCUCAGUUGUUUCACCGAUUCUUGAUCACAGGAUGAAGCGGCAUCUGUAUCUAGCAGUCGUCCAGUGUGGAAAUGCUGGCUCUGGAUUGGUCAGUCGCCUGCUCUCACGGGGGUCCUAUAGUCUGUCUGCUCUCUGAUAUCGACUUCACUCACACACUUCUGACGCUGAACGCGCCGACGGAAUCAUUCACGAAUCAUGAACCUCUGAGGACUCAAGUUUUUGUAUUUCGCUUUCCGAAGGGUUGUCUUUUCAUCUUAAUGCGAUUUCCAGCUUAUUUAGAUUUUCUCGUUGUUAUUCCAGCGGUCAUCAACUCUGAUGGGAAUGCAGCGGAAUACUAAAUGUUAUAGAAAGUCAGGCAAGCAACACAUGGAACGGGGACUGGACCAUCACAUCUAACACCAUCACAUGGGAUCAGAAUGGAUUUUCAUUCAUUUUAUUUAAUACCAAAUCUCUCUUAAAAAUCUGAGGGGAAAUGUCUGUAGAUACUUUUUAAAAUACUUACCAAGUUUUUAUUUUUAAUUGGCGAUCCAACAAUCUGGAACAUUUUUAACAAGGUAACUCUUGAUUGUUGGUCUUCUGGUAAGGCUGACACUAGGCCUUGUGAGGUAGCUGUUGCGUGGAGCUGCAGCUAUGGACAUUGAGGCGAGGGAUCUUCCUUUCUCCCCAGGAAGCUCACCAUGCUGAACGAUGUCUUUGACGUGUCGUACAUGAUUCUGGAGCUGCUGAUUGCCCUGCUCUCGGUCCUGGGCAACGUGUUGGUCUGCUGGGCAGUGGGCCUCAAUAGCAACCUCCAGAGCAUCACCAACUUCUUUGUUGUUUCGCUGGCCGUGGCGGACAUCGCAGUGGGUGUGCUGGCCAUUCCCUUCUCCAUCGUGAUUAGCACCGGAUUCUGUGCCAGUUUCUACGGUUGUCUGUUCAUCGCCUGCUUCGUCCUGGUGCUGACCCAGAGCUCCAUAUUUAGUCUUCUAGCUAUUGCCAUCGACCGCUACAUUGCCAUCAAGAUCCCGCUGAGAUACAACAGCCUAGUAACCGGGCAGCGUGCCAGAGGCAUCAUAGCGAUCUGCUGGGUUCUGUCGGUUAUCAUCGGUCUAACACCCAUGUUAGGCUGGCACAAAGCCCGCUCAGAAGAGGCCCUCAACAGCACCUGUCCACCCGGUAUGAUGGAGUGUUUGUUUGAGCAGGUGGUGGUUAUGGACUACAUGGUUUACUUCAACUUCUUCGCCUGCGUGCUGGUGCCAUUGCUCCUCAUGCUGGCCAUUUACCUACGGAUCUUCAUGGCCGCACGCCACCAACUCAAAUGCAUUGAGUCCAAAGCCGUACCCUAUGAGCUCAAGUCCCGCUCCACCCUGCAGAAAGAGGUCCACGCCGCAAAAUCUCUGGCGAUUAUCGUUGGCCUGUUCGCGGUUUGCUGGUUGCCGCUGCACAUCAUCAACUGUUUCACUCUGUUUUGUCCAAAGUGUGCACGGCCGCCAAUUCUUGUCAUGUACCUGGCUAUAAUUCUCUCGCACGCAAACUCAGUCGUGAACCCGUUCAUUUACGCCUACCGCAUACGUGAAUUCAGAUACACUUUUCGGAAGAUCGUCCGCUAUCACAUUUUGGGUAGACAAGAGCCUCUUUCUUGCAAAGGAAGCACCCGUACCUCAGCCCGAACAAGUGUGGCGGAUUCGCUCCGGAUUAAAGUCAACGGCCUGCUGCGAGACCUCUACACCGAACAGAGCAGCACCACCAGCAGCUGUGAAAGUGCUGUAUUAGACAACCAGCCUAUGGACCUCACUAAAGCUCACAGACAUCUGGGACUGAGGCAUCCAGAGUCACCGCUCACUGGGAAUAAUGAGGAUGUUGCAUGCAGGAAGCAUACCGUACUUGACAUUACUGAUGGGAAGGAUCCAUCCUCGCCACUUCAUGUUGAAUCAACUCUGUACCUACAAGGUACAGAUGAACUCACAGAGGUUUCCUAAAAAUUUGUGGAUUCUAAUUAUUUAUUGCUGCUUCAAAACAAUGAUGGGCUAAAAUAUGAAAUACAAAGUAGAUCUUUUUGCUUUUUUAUGGACAUGACAUUAUUGUGGAGCUGAAGCAGCUCAGAACUGUGUAUAUUUGAUAUUGUAAUGACUGUAAUGAUAAUGUAAACAUAUUAAAGAGCAUCAAAAAUGAUUGA